UAGAUAUUCAGACGCAAGGGGGGUAAAGCAAAACGCACUGAUAUUAGCUCAACGGGAAGGUUAACACGUGAGAUAGAAAUGCAGCAAAGCGUCUACUUUGGCCAGAUUAGCCACAAAGAUGCAGAAAGGUUAUUGGGAAAAUAUGGGAAGGAUGGAAGCUUUCUCUUGAGAGACAGCCAAAGCGAGCACGGGGCUUUAUGUCUCUGUGUGAGGAAAGCUCCAUAUGUGCACACAUACAGGAUUAACCAUUCACAUCAAGGCUGGGCGUUAGAGACUGAAAUCAAGGCGAAAGUAAAGUGGUUCCAGUCACUGGAUCAACUCAUUGAAUCCUACAAACAGACACCGCAUAACAUGGUUCCCCUUCUGUAUCCUCUCGAAAAGUCACAUCUGAAUGAAGAGGAGAGACAAGUCAGAGAAGAAGCCUACAUGGAAAUGUGAUGACCGCUCUAGAGUGACCGAUUCAGAGGGAUUAUGUCUGUGUAAAUCAGUUUUCCACACUGCUUUUAAGAAGUAAUGCAAGCGUCGGUUAUCUGUAAAAAAAAAAAAAAAAAAAAAAACAAAAAGAGAGAAAAAACAAGAGCUUUGCCUCCAUCUAUCGUUGUUUACUGCAUCAAAAGUGACCCUACCUGGCCUUCUGUUCAUUCAGGCUAUGAAAAUAUUCCACAAGAUGGCAGUGAAGCUACGAAAAAUCUGUGAGCGCACCACUACAUCUGACUUCCCCUUAAGUUCAGAAGGAAGUUCGUAAAGUCUUUGUGAUGGAUUCUGUGUUCAGGGAAUUUCCACUUGAAAGAGUUUAGUUAUCAUUCAAUUCCAAUAAAUGAAAAUAAAUAAAUAAAUAAAUAAAUAAAUAAAUAAAUAAAUCAAUCAAUCAAUCAAUCAAUCAAUCAAUCAAUCAAUCAAUCAAUCCAUUGACUGUGUGCUGAAUUCAGGAAAUUGAAUUCAGGAUAGUAUACAGUUUUACAGCCUGCCCUAUAUCUACUAGCCAUUCAUUUUUCUCUAAGCUUUGCUACGUUUUUAUACAAAGUGAGUUUUACAAAUGUAUGACUACUACGUGUAUCUUCAAUAAAAUACAGUUAAAUAUUUGAAGACAAACCCGAUUGGACUGAAAAUAGCGAAUAUUUCGACACGAUGUUUCACAAGAAUUUUCCAAGAUUAUUCAUUUAUGUGCCCGAAAUUCCACUCAGGAGAACAUACCACAGAAAUGCCAACAAUUACUGCUUACUAUCUGUCUUACCUCAACACUGCGUGGUCAGCAAGUCAAAAGACCAAUUUGGCAAAAAAAAGAAGAUGUGAAAGUAUAGUGACCAAUUGCAGGGUCACCCACAUAAAGAUUAGACAUGGGUGACUCAGAACCCUUACGAGAACAGCAAUACUGUAUAUAAAGUCUGGGAAUAGACGCAGAGGAGCAGGGGAUAUUCCUUCUAUGUCAAUCAUAUUGUAUUUUAAUGACCUUCAAAUGAUUUCCAAUAAAACAAAAUAUAAUAUGGUUUUCGGGACACUGAACAAGACAUUUUUUUUGGAAAGCCCCUGACUGUGGCCAAAAGCCAGCGCCGUCUAGAGAUUACUCACCCCUUUCUAGUUGAGUGUGUGAUGUGUAUUAUUUUACGAAAUGAACUACUAGAAAUAAAAAAAAGACACGAUCUGGUGACAUUCAUAAUUAUUUUAUUUACCCUGUGUCACAUCAAUGCAUCGACAGUGUUUCAGCAACAGAUUUAGCCUUGCAUUUCAUGAUAUGUGAAUAUCUUUAAAUGUUUUAUGAAACUUUUCUCUGUAAUCUAUUUCCUGGUACUGCUGAUCUCAUUGCGGUGACCAUGUUGAACCGACAAACUAUUGUGUCUAAUGAUCAAGCCAACAAGUGGUCACUUCCUUUUAAGUUUACAGAGAGGUUUCAUUUCGUUUUGUCUUGUUUCAAAACCUAAAUGGAAAUAAAAUGAACAGAUGUUUA